AUGGCAACAGAGAGAGUGCUUCACAUGAAUGGUGGUGAGGGAGAAAUCAGCUAUACCAAAAACUCCUUAAUUCAGAGAAAAGUGGCAAGCAUGGUGAAACCUAUACUUGAAGAUACUGUAAAACUGUUGGUGUCAAACAUAAGUUCAGAACGGUGUUGGAAAGUAGCAGAUUUGGGAUGCUCUUCGGGGCCAAAUUCACUCUUUUUUGUGUCAAACAUGUUAAGCGUCAUGGAUAAUGUUAGCAUGAGCUUAAACCAGGAUACGCCACGCGUAUUGCAAAUUUACAUGAAUGAUCUAUUUGGAAAUGAUUUCAACUGCAUCUUCAAGUUGAUCCCUGACUUCUUCCAAAGAAUACGUGGACAAAAAAAGGAUAACCAUGUACGAUGUUUUAUUCAUGCAACACCUGGAAGCUUCUAUGGAAGGCUUUUUCCUGAUGAUUACAUCCACUUCUUUCAUUCUUCUUACAGUCUCCACUGGCUAUCUCAGGCACCGACUUCGACCAGCAUAGCCGAACCACUAAACAAGGGAAAUAUUUAUAUAACAAAUGAAAACAGUCCUUCAGUCUAUGAAGCAUACAUGAAACAAUUUGAAAAGGAUUUCAAACAUUUUCUUAAAUCACGCUCGGAGGAACUAAGGUCGGGUGGUAUCAUGUUACUUACGUUCAUUGGUAGAGAAAAAUCUCAACACAUGACUAGUCCAUGGAGUAUAAUUGGUAUGGUACUCAACGACAUGGUCCAAGAGGGUUUGGUUGAAAGGGCAAAAUUGGACUUUUUUGAUCUUCCUAUUUAUGGUCCAACUCCUGAAGAAGUUAGACAAGUGAUUGAAGAAGAAGGAUCUUUUAGGCUUAAAACAUUGAAGACUGUUAAAAUAGGUUGGGAUGGAAACCUUCAAGAGGAUGUUGAUGAUGCUACAGUUGAUAGCAAAACAAGAGCACUGAUCGUAGCUAAGUCAAUAAGAGCAGUUUUUGAACCUCUUUUAUCGGCCAACUUUGGUGAAGUUAUCAUGGAUGAAUUGUUUUCCAGAUUUGCAAUGAUAGUAGCCAAACUCAUUGAUACUGAGUUUGAAUCUUUGGAGUAUACCAAUGUGAUAGUGUCUAUGACCAAAGAUUCUUAG